UCCGCCGAUACAGCGUUUCUUCAACGAGAAAACGAGCAGCUCCGGGCAGCUCUCAUCGAUGAGAGACAGCGCAAGGAGCGUAUCCAGCCUGGUACGCUCGAGCUGUCUGACGAUUAUCAUGGUGGAGCUACUUUCUGGUCUCCACGGAAGGUGCGAGAAGCUCGCCGCCAAUAUGAGCAGAAACAGCGCGAUCAUGAGGAGUUACAACGCCAAAAAGCUAUCGCGGUUAAAGCUAGAGAGGAGAGAAAGCUACUCAAAGCUCAAGAACUAGAUGCGCGACGGCGGGCGCGGGCACAGGCAAAACUAGAUCGUGAGAGGCAGAAAGCUGAAGCAGCUGCCCACCGGAUAGCCCGCCAAGCCGCCCACAAACGACUUCAGAAAGCUAUCAAAAUCUCACAAAGGGGAAAGAAGCCUACCUUCAAGCGCUCUACUGAACUAGCAUCAAAGAAUAUUAUCGUUGGCAGUAGUAGUGGUGGUGCGCAGCGAGCUAAUCGAUCAGCUGCACCACCAUCACCACGCUCGCGUUCAGGCCGCCCCAUCAAGCUGCCAAUCAAAUAUCAGUAGAUAGAUCAAAUAAACAAUACUACGAGAUUACUAUACUAGAGUUUCUCGCGAUAAUAGCUUUUAUGUAGAGCUCUACAGCUUCAAGUUUGUGAUAGUACUGUUGGGGAGAAAUCCGGCGUUGGCCCGUCCGCGGCGUUGGCCCGUCCGGCACCUCUACUC